AGCUGGCUGGUACUUCUCUAUCCUUGGUCCUCCCCAUCUGAGACUCCAUUUCUCAGUCAGCUCCGCUUUCCCCAGAAGCCUUUCAGACAGAGGGCACAGAACACCUGCUAUCUGUCUCUAAGACAAACAACUAACUGGAAGGCGACAAUAGUUUAUCUAGGAGGCAAAAAUGUACUGCAAGACGCCCUCAACGAAAUGUUAAUGCGAAAUCCAUGACAACAAACGAAACAUUUCUUAGACAUUAUCGUUUUCGUUAACGCGUGUAGGUUAUGCACACCAUUUAAUCAAAUAAUUAGGUUAUUGGCUAAUUAGGUUAGUUUGUGAACUGCUAGAUUUUCGUAUAGUUGCAGUAUGACUCGAUUGGAAAUCUGGAGCGCUCUAUGGUGCGCAGCUGUCGCCUGUUGCCUCGCUGCGCCAAAGUUGCAGCUUGCCUCACCAGAGGGGACUGAAGAGGACCACAACGAAAACUUAACCCUCGAGACGGAGAACGGAGAGAACAUAUUAACUCAGCUGCUGGGUGAUUAUGACAAAGUGAAAGCGCUUUCGGAAGGCUCUGACUGUGGAUGUAAAUGUGUUGUCAGACCCCUGAGCAGGAGCGCCUGCCGGCGGAUUGAGGAGGGCACGGCCACGCCGAACGAUUUCUACACCGUGGAGACGGUGACAUCAGGGCCCGCCUGCAAAUGCGCCUGCAUCGCGCCACCGUCAGCCCUGAACCCUUGCGAGGGGGACUACAGGCUGAAAAAGCUCCGGGAGGCUGGCGAAGACAAUGUCAAGCUUUCAACGAUCAUUGAGCUGCUGGAGGGAUCCUUCUACGGAAUGGACCUACUGAAGCUGCACGCGGUUACCACCAAACUCCUCAAUCGUGUUGACAACAUUGAAAAAGUGAUGCAGAAUGACACCAAAGAGGAGGCAAACCUCAACAUGACCACACCCACUAGUCUGCCAAUUCAGGUGACGGAAAGACCCACACCCUCAAUUCCACCACGCCAGGAGAAACGGAAGAGACUUACUGUACAAAGUGACCAGGCAGCAGCCUAUCAGAACUUGGAGGAUAAAUAUGAGGAGAGGUUUGUGGGGGGACACGACCCCUCACAGUUUAUGAAGAGCCCUGACAGUGAUGCUACGGGGCCCUGGAGCCAAAACAAGGAUCACACAGCACCUCCUCAACCAAAGAUAAUCGUCAGGGGGAUGACCUACUACAAAUCCCAAACUGCAGAGGAGACAGAAAGAGAUGACAACACUCUAGAGGAUGAGAUUCUGAGUGGCGACGGCAUGGUCGACUAUUUCAUAGAUGAGCAGCUCAUCCGCCACAAGCCUAAGCCCUACAGACCUCUCAUCAAGGCGCGGUCUAUGCCAGCCAAUCGCAAGACUCCAGUCCAGGGCUGGAGCGGAGCCUCGGGGGCCAGUAGCAGCCAUCCCUUGCAGCUCGAGCAGUCCGACUCACCAAACCACUUUGAGGUGACCCCCCCCCCCGACGUGGCCACAACCGUGGCCGAGACCGUUGCCGAGGCCGGACAGCCCGCCAGUAAGAGUGCGGCCAAGCCUGAGCAAACUCUCCCUCUGGCAGAGAGGGUUGAGGCUGGCCAUGCUUCAGGCAGUGUCCAGCCACUCUCGGGCAGCCGAGCCACGGAGGGACCAUCAGUGACACGUCCUAUCGUGGCAGAGCUGAAGACUACCCUAAAGACGCCGGUCAAGGCCACCACGGUGAAGGGCACAGAAGAGCCUGUCACACCCCUUGCUUUGCCAGACCAGAACGCAGUCACCGCAGAGACCAAAGUGCCAGAAACAUUUCCAAGCACGGGGCAGCCAUCCAAAGCCGCCAGGGGAAAUAAUGAGCAAGGUACAACCCGGGCUAUACCAGUUUCUACCGUCAAGCGGACAAGAAAGGAGUCGGUCACUGACGAGGAGCCAGUUGUUGCUAGCACUCAACUGUUGUCAACCUCAGCGAAGGGUGCUUCAACUGCUACCUCUGUACUCUUAACUACCAUCAACACAGUAACAACCACCAGAGCAACAACCACCAGAGCAACAACCACCAGAGAAACAACCCCUAAAGCAACAACCCCCAGAACAACUAUGGAACACACUACCAAUGGAAAACCUACUGACCCAAAGACCCAAAGGCCAGCAACUAUCUCAAAGGCUGAGCCCUUAACCACCAGCCCCGUUAAAACAACUAGGAAGCCGGCGGCCCUCAAACGCAAGUACAGCAUCAGCUGGGAUGAGGAGGAAGUGGAGGAGGACAGCAAAUCAGAGGGCUUUAAGACCACUACAGUGAAGCCACACAGGAAGCCAGGGGAGUGCAAGGAUACGUUGGCCACCAUCUCAGAGCCUGUCACUCACAACACCUAUGGCCGCAGGGAGGGAGCCUGGAUGAAGGACUCACUGGCCAAGGACGAUAAAAUCUACGUCACCAACUAUUACUACGGCAACAAUUUGCAGGAGUUCCGUAACAUCGCGGUGUUUAAAGAAGGCCGCUUCACCAACUCCUACAAGCUGCCCUACAACUGGGUUGGCACCGGUCAUGUGGUUUACAACGGCGCCUUCUACUACAACCGGGCCUUUUCACGCGACAUCAUCAAAUACGACCUGCGCCUGCGCCACGUGGCGGCCUGGACCAUGCUGCACGACGCCGUUCUCGACAACGAGGACUCUUCGACGUGGCGCUGGCGCGGCCACUCGGACAUGGAGCUGGCGGUGGACGAGAGUGGCCUGUGGGUGGUCUACCCGGCGCUGGAUGACGAGGGCUUCCUGCAGGAGGUGAUCUUCCUGAGCCGCCUCGACCCGGUAGACCUGAGCAUCCGCCGCGAGAGCACCUGGAGGACGGGCCUGCGUCGCAACUACUAUGGUAACUGCUUCAUCGUCUGCGGUGUGCUCUAUGCCACCGACAGCUUUGAGCAGCGCCACACCAACCUGGCAUACGCCUUCGACACGCACACCAACACACAGAUGGUUCCCCGACUGCCUUUCACCAACAACUAUACGUACACCACGCAGAUCGAUUACAACCCCAAAGAGCGAGUGUUGUAUGCCUGGGACAACGGCCACCAAGUCACCUACAACGUCGUUUUUGCCUAUGUAGACCCCCAGUAGAGAACCGUCCACAGAGAAAAGACAGAAAGAGAACAUUCUUACUAUUUUUUAUGUUUUCUUCAAGGGUACAGCACUUUUUUGUAUAAAAGCAAUAAUUUUGAAAAAAAUCUAUGCGUCCAAGUGGAUUGUAGACCAGUUCGCUUGGCUGUUAAUGUUGAUACAUUGCAGCUUUUGUGUGUGAUUGUCUUAGUCUCCAAUUCCUAAACAAAUAUUUAAAUGGUUUUACCGUUUGUACCUUCCGCAUGGAUGUAGAACCGAUAUGCAAAUUUUAACCAGUGGGUGCUUUUGUAUUGACAAUAUGCAUUGUAAAUAAUGUAAAAUAAAGUUAAAUCAGAAGAUAAAUGAAUGUAGACAAAAAAUCUAUUUGCAUAGCAACCUGUGGUAGAGUAAUCUCUCCCGUAACCUCAGCAUUAAAGACAUUCUGGAACUCAUUUCAUACCAGUGAAGUGCAAAGGCCACAAACAAUGUUUUAUAAAUACAUUCAUGUUCACGUUUAUUCCUGCCAUUUUUGUACCUUUCUAUCCCCACUUCACUUAUUCCUGUACAUAUAUUUUGUGGUAAUAUGCCUGCGUGCGCUUGUCAGCUUUAUGUUAGAAAAGCACUUAAUUCUCUCUUUCCCUGUCUCUAACUAAACUGUACUUUGCAAGAUUGUUUCAUUCGAGAGACCACAAUAAAAUGACUUUCACAAUAAAAUGUGAAAAGUA